UACACCAGUUCGCGAACAUUUUCCACAAGUGGGCCGGCUCACUGCAGCAAACCAACGGGCUGUCUUUAAUCCAGGCACCCUCGCUGUUUAAACAGGACUUGGAGAAUUUAGGCAAACCGGAAUCUCAAGAUGCCUCGGUCAUUUCUUAUUAAGAAGCAUUUCUCGACCACCAAGAAACCAAACUACAGUGAACUCGACAGCCAGACAGUGAUUAUCUCUCCAUUUCUCUAUGAGAAGUAUCCAAUCCCAGUCAUCCCUCAGCCUGAAAUCCUCAGCUCCGGAGCUUAUUAUCCCGCCAUCGUGUGGGACGCCGGGUUGAUCUCAAGCCUCUGCUCUGCCGAAAUCGAGAGUGACCUGGCCAGCCAGAAAAGCGAGCCCCCCACAGCGGACAACUCCAAACGACGCAAACCUCACGACCUGGCAUCCCUGUCGAGCGAGGAAGAGGACGGCAAGACAUCGGAGCCGCCCAGCCCAGACUCUUCGGCCACGGAAGCGGAGAAAUUUCAGUGCAGUCAGUGCAGCAAAUGCUACUCGACUUUCGCGGGACUCUCCAAACACAAGCAGCUGCACUGCGAGCCCCAGACCAGGAAAUCCUUUAACUGUAAGUACUGUGAGAAGGAAUACGUGAGUCUGGGAGCCCUGAAGAUGCACAUCAGGAGCCACACGCUGCCUUGCGUUUGCAAAAUCUGUGGCAAAGCCUUCUCCAGACCGUGGCUGUUACAAGGGCACAUCCGCACGCACACUGGUGAGAAACCCUUCUCCUGCCCUCAUUGCAACAGAGCAUUUGCAGAUCGAUCCAACCUCAGAGCCCACCUGCAGACUCACUCAGAUGUCAAAAAAUACCAGUGCAAAAACUGCUCCAAGACUUUCUCCAGAAUGUCUCUUCUUCAUAAACAUGAAGAAACAGGAUGCUGCGCAACUCGUUGAAACUAUUUUUUUUAAAUGAGAACUGCUGUGUGCAUUUCAGCCCAUUUCAUUUGAUUAUAGAGUGAAUCUCUUAUGCUGGCCUAUGCUGAAUUUUAUUUAUUAUUUGAACACAAAUAUUAACAUUUUGUUUUUGUAUAUCAAGGCUCCCAUCUUUUUGAGGGGAUGAGGAGGUAAGAACAGAAAAAGCUGGCUCUCUUAGAGAUUCUUUAAGGGAUAUCAAAAACAUUCAGUAUUUUAUUCGGUAUAACCACCAGAAAAAGAGUUUGUCUCUUACUGUGUAACUAUGCAAUAUAAUGUCUUUUUCUGAGGGUUGCUGGCAUAAAAUGUUCUCAGUGGAACAAUGAAACCCUGCAGUGUCUAAAGAUUUGUGCAAUGGGUUUAGCAGACAUCUCUUGCAAUCUGAAAUAAGAUUCCUGUUUACAGGCAAGCUGAAGCACCUGUUUAUAUCAACCUUAACAACUGCUUUUCAGUGGAUGUAUAACUAAUGGCAAGCAGUUGUCACAUGUUACAAUGCAGGGCUCAGAUAAAUGCCUGACUAUUGACAGGUGUGUGCCAAAAGAUUUUUAUGGCUAUUGACAGGUGCCUGGUGAAUGCAUCUUUUUUCUAUACAGUGUUUGUACAGAAUUGUCACAAUAUAUAUUUGUUUACAUUACAAGGGUACACUGGUAUUACUUUGUAUACUGUAAUUUUCUACGUGACAGUUUUGUAUUGCUGAGACUUUUAACAGGUACAUUAUGUAAAGAAUAUGUAAUAAAAUUUUUACCUUUAACAAAA